AUGCUCGCCGAGAUUCGCGGUGAGAGUGCGGUGGUCGGGAAGUCGUCUCCCGACCCGCCUCGGAAGGAGAAGAGCAGCGGCAAGGAGAAGAGCAGCAGCGGCAAGGAGAAGCAUGGAAAGGAGAGGCGGAGAAGCCUGGAUGGGGGAAAGAAGCACCACGGCAAAGGCAAAGGAACGUCGGUAGAACCUUCGUCGCAGCAGCAGCAGGAGCAUGGGUCGUCGCAUCGCGAUCGCGACGAAGGCGAGGGCACGGACGCGACAUUUCGCAAGUGGUACAACAGUAAGAGCCGCAAGCUCGCGCUGCUGGUCUCGCAUGACGGCAGCAGCGACCCUCACAAGCGCGCCGAGCCCGCUAAUACCACCACUGCUGCUGCUACUACUACUACUACUGCGGCUAUUAAUGCCACCACUCCUGAGCAACACGGCUCGCAAUCCACGCAAGGCAAUGACGCGCAGGCGCAUUCCCAGCAUCACACGCCGCAUCACACCCCACGCACCGCCUCCCGCUUCCACGGGCUCUUCCGCAAGUCCUCCACCACCGAUUUCCCACCCCCCGCCGCGCUCGACUCCCCAGGCGCAACCGCGGACGGCGGAAGAACUCCCCCCGCCGCAGGCGCGAGCGCGGGCGAUGUGACGCCGGAGCAGAUGCUUUCCCCCGUUGUGCUCUCCCCGGUGGACGGGCACGCGCGAGGCGGGGUGGCAGCGGCGCUUAAAAAGGGUAUGUGGAAGUUCAACGCGCUUCGGCGCUCUGUCGGAUCCUCCGCAUCUGGCUCCGGAAGUGGGGUUACCAGCGGGGAGAUGUGUUACAGUGGGGAAGACAUGGGGGUGGGUGCGGAGAGCAGCGAGGCUAGACCCUCCAAAUCAUCGACGCUAAAGUCUCCCGUGGGGAAGAUGCGGAGUAGCGGAAGCAGAGGCGCGCAGGGUCAGACGCAGCGGCAGCAGCAGGCGACAGCAGAAACUGCAGGUACAAUUACAACGGCAGCAACAGCAUUAGUACGUCCGCAGACCGCAGACGCCGCCACUGCGAGCCCCAGGGGCUUCAUGGGCGCAUCGUUCUCCUUCUCCCUGGACAGGCGGAAGGAAGCCGCAAAGAAGACCCUGCUCCCGCGCACCCCCAGCCCUCUCGCUAGCCCUGUUAAUUCGGGAGGGGCAGGCGGAAAGGUGCCGAGUGUAUCGAGCGCGGAGGGCCCAGGGGCGGUCCCAGCGUCGUCCCCGCAGUCCACGCCCUCGCCGCUUCUCACUCCGCUCGGCGCGGAGGGCAGGGGCAGGCGGAAGUCGCUGCUGGACUGGGACCUCGUUUCCCCCACGGCCGCGGGGCUGCUCGGGGGAGCCUCGCGCAUGUUCGGGCGGGAAUCGCGCAGGCAGCAGCAGCAGGUUGGAGGAGGGGAGGGAGGAGGGAGUGCGGCGGGCGUUGUUGCGUGUGUGAGGCCGAGCAGCAGCAGCGGCAGGAGGGUGGCUCGUCGGAGCAGCACGGGCGGGAAGAAGGAGCUGAAUAGGUCGCCUGGUGGUGGUGACAGCCCCGGUGGGGAUGGCGCAGACGCAGGGAGAGGCGCGGGAGGUGGGGUGCCGGUGUCUGUAUCCGAUAGUACUCCACAUAUGGUGCUGGGGCGAGCAGUGGGCGCGUCUAGCUGGCUCAAACCACAUGAUACUGCCGCUACUGCUGGUGGUGCUGCUGCGACUGCUGCGGCUGGUGCGGAUUCUUCCCCGGGAGUAGCAGCAGAGGGAAGAGGAGAUGGGGAGCAAGCGGGGGCGCGUGCUGCUGACAGUGCGGCACCAGAGCAGCGCGGCACGCAGCAGCAGCAUGAAGGGGGCGAGGGGCAGGGGUUACAGGUGGCCGUGGGGGAGGGAGGGCUGGGAGGAACGGACAGGGUGGAUUCGGGCAGGACUGUUAGCUGGGAGAGAGGGCUAGAAGGCGUCGGGUUGGAAGCAGGCUCCUUUGGUGGUCUGGCUGCUGCCGGUGCAGGGGCAGCAGGGGCAGCAGCUGCAGGCACAGCGGCUGCCGCUGCAGCUUCAUUUCGCAGGGAGCGGAGACUGGGUCGCAGCAGGUCACGAGCAGCAGCGAGCGGAGAGCUGCUAGCGCGAGCAGUGAUGUCCCCUUCUCUCCUCGACUCAGACUCGCUGCUAGCUGUAGACGCUGCUCUGGCUUCCGUUGACGCCUCCUCCUCCGCCGCCUUCUGUGGCUCAGGGGAAUUCACCCUUGAUCAAGUGCUUACCCCGCUUACUGUCCCCAACACGCCCAGCGGUAGCAUCCCCAGCACACCGUCUGCCAUCCUCUUUUCCCCCCGUUCUGGUGCGCAUGCGUGGGUUGCGCCUUCCCCCCGCCCCGCGCGUAGUCCCAGAGGCUCUGGCGGGGAAGGGGCUGCGGCGGCAGCAGCAGCGGCGGCGGCGGCGGCAGGGGCGGUAGGGGGAGCAGGGGGGGCAGGUGGGAGUGUUGCGGCGCGCAGGCACCAGCGGCACCGCAGCAAGUCGCGGUCAGGCGCGGACCUGGCAGGAGUGCUGGCGUGGGGGGAGGGUGGAGGGGCAGGACUUUCGGCUCUGGGUGCUACGAGCCCGCGUGGUGGCAAGGGAGGGAUGGUGGGCGGAGAGAAGGAGGGCGAGGGGAAGGAAAAAGGGGAGGGAACGGGGAAAGGAGGCGGAGGAGGAGGAGGAGGAGGAGGGGAUGGGAAGGCAGGAGGGGAGGGGAAGGUGGCAGAGCGGUCGCACUCGCAUAGGCGGUCCAAGUCUCGCGUGCGACCAGACAUGCUGCAUAUACCGCCCAAGCACCACAGCGAGGCGUGGGCGCAGGGAGGAGGGCCCAAAAGCGCGCCCAAUGCUGCCGCCUCUGCCGCGGCUGCUGCUGCUCUCAGCGGCGCGGAAGCGAAUGAGCGGCGGGAGCAGAGGCGGAGGAGGAGGGAGAGGAGCCGGUCGAGGGUGAUGGUGGAGGAGGGGCAGGUUGGGCCUGGUAGUGUGGGUAGUGGGUUCGGCAGCGGGGGUUCAGGGGUAGAUGGGGCUGCACAUGGCUUGCCUCCCUUGUCUCCUCGCAUCAUCCCACACACCCCCGCUUCCUCCUCCCCUUCUGCUGCCGCUCUUGAUGCCGCUGUUGCUGCGUUGCCGCCCCCCUCUGCUCCUGGUCCGCCCAUGGCAGUAGUUGCAGAAGGUGAGGAGAAGGCAGAAAUCAGAGUGCCAGUGGAAACAGCAGCGGCGGCAGAGGCAGCAGGGGCAGCAGAAGCAGCAGGGGUAGCAGGGGUAGCAGCAGCAGGAGAAGGUGAUGAUUCCUGUGUCUCUGCACCAACCCCCUUCUCCUUCCCCACCACUCCUCCUGCUGCCAUCGUUCCUCCCCCACUGCCCAUGCCUGCUGCAGCAGCAGGUGCAGAGCGGUGUGUGGAGGCAGAGAGUGGUGACGGGGUAGUGGUGGAGGUGCAAGAGGGGCGUGAAAAUGGUGUGAGGGAGAUGAUGGGGGAGGUGGGGCUGGGUAUGAAUGGGGGUAGCCGUGAAGCUGGGGAGGGGGACGCAGGGGAGGAGGGAGGGAAGGGCGUGGAAGGGAAGGAAGAGGGAGGGAAUGCAGAGGGAGAAACGGGGCUUGAAGGCGUGCCUGCAAUGCUUGUACAGACUAACUUGGAGGUUGUGGAAAGGACAGGCGUAGGGGCAGAGGCAGAGGCAGAUGGAGGGGCAGUGGCAGGGGCAGAGGGAGGGGCAGAAGGAGAGGUAGAGGCAGACACAGGGUUAGGGGUGGAUGAAGGACUUUGUGCAGGCGAGAGGGGAGUCGAGAAGGAGGUUGUUGGGGACGAGAGAAAUGGCGCGCGUUUGCCUGCUGAAGCGCAGACAGAAAGUGCUGCUGCUGCCGCUUCUGCUGCUGAGAAGGACGGAGUAGAUGAGGAAGCGGAAGGCAGCGGGAUGGGGAGGGCAGACGGGGGGCCACGUAGGGUGGAGGAGGGGGAGGAGCAGGAGCAGGAGCAGGACAGCAGCAUGGGUGGUGAGGAUGGUGUUGCUGAUGAUUUAAGGGAGGGGUUGAAGGGAGGAGUGGUGGAUGAGGAUGGACAGGGGGAGAAGGGAGAAGAGGGAGGAGAGGGAGGAGAGGCAGGAGAGGGAGGAAAGAAGGGACAGGUGGAGGAGGGGCAGCAGGUGAGUGUUGGCGUGGAAGUUAGUAUGGAGAGUGGUGAGGCGGGAGCAGAGAAGGAUGAGGGUGAUGGCGAACCUACGAGCCCACAGGUGCUGCUGCUGAGACAGGAGGGGAUCAGAGGGCCUGCCAGGAAUCUCGUGGGGGAGGAGGAGGGAGAAGAGGAGGAGGAGGAGGACGAGGAGGAGGAUAUUUAUGAGGAUGAAUCAGAGGGUGAGUAUGUUGAUGGGGAGGAGGAGGAUGACAUGUUGCUUGAUGGAGAGGAGGAGUUGAUUAGUGACAGUGAGGAAGAGCUCAUGAGUGAGGAUGGCGGGUCUGUGAGCGGCGAUGCUGAGUUCGAUUCGGAGUACAGUGAUGGGAUGUACUCGGAAGGGGAGGAAGAGUAUUCUACAGAGGGGGAGGGAGAGGAGGAGGGGCAUGAGGAGGGGAACGAGGACAUGCCUCCAGAGCUGCUCUAUGUGCGCACGCUCUCCAUCAUGCGCCGCCCAGAAAUCGCCCACGCGCACGGGCAUGGGCAUGGCCACGCGCACGGUGCUCCUGCUGUGGCCGCCCGCGCGCUGCACAGGGAGUUUGGACCUGUGGCGGCGGCGCGGCGGCGCGCGCAGCAGUGCCGCGACCACUGGUCGUGGCUGUUCAUGCAGUAUCUCGAGAUGAUGCUGCAGCGUUUGGCGGGGCAGGAUGAUGAUGAUGAUGCCGUGUCGCUCAUGCCUGGCGGUCCAGGCCCGCAUGCAUUCAGUAUGGAUGAUGACGAUGAGGAUGAGUGCAUCGUCCCGUAUGGAUCGAGAGCAGGAGGAGGUGGGGGAGGGGGUGGGGGUGGGGGAGGUGGGGGGUCGUCUGCGUCGUCCUCUCGCGGCCGAGCGGGGCCGGUGUCUUCUCUGUCGGAUCGGUCGUGGUCGGAUGCGGCGCCUGUGUGCGUCACUCGCAUCACGCACCGCCGCCGCAGCCGGCACUGGUCCGCCACCGAAGCCGUGCGGGAGUAUGAAUGGGUGCGGCGGAAGUUCAGAGGAGUGGCGGACAGUGCGGAGAAGCUCAGCGAGGCGCAUGUGGGGGAGGUGUUUGUGGCAGGGCUGGCUGUGUGGCUCAAGUACUGGGAGCAGUGGGGCGAGGUGAAGCCGCAGUGGGUGGUGGAGGAAGAGGAGGAGGAGGAGCAGGCGACUAGGGAUAGAGAGAGAGACAGUGUGAGUGGAGGGGGGAGCAGCGUGGGCGGGUUCCUGUCUCCUCGGUUUCCUGACUCUGCUGGUGCGUCUCCUUUGAGAGAUCCCUUGGGAUCAGCAGCAGGCGCUGCUGACGCCGGCAGCGCAGGAGACUUCUCAGCAGCAGCAGCGGGACACGGGGCAGGGGUGGGCAAGGGAUGGGGGCCGGAAGGGAGUCUGCAAGCCAGGCUCCUAGCAGAGGCGCUAGGCACAGGGCCGCCGCAACCAGCCACAUGUUCCCAUGAUGAUAUUCUCCUGGUGGCCGGGCUAGGAGCAGCGAUCAGCUCGUGGCAGCCUGCCACGGCGUGCAUGUGUCUGCUGCGCCUGCUGCACCGCAUUGCUCGCUUUGAACUCCUCGCUAACAACUUCGCGUGGCCGCGAGAAGGGUCCCUCUUCCGGGAGGGCUCUGGGGUGCUGGGCCGCGAGGGCAGCGGCAACUUCGGCUUGCAGGCCAGAGCAGCGUCGUCUCGCUCGCUCACACCGCCGGCCCGUGCGUCUGGCUUGGCUGGGUCGGGCAACAUGGGGGGUCUGCUGGGUGGUGGUGGUGGUGGUGGUGGAGGAGGAGGAGUGGGGGCGGCGGCAGGAGCGGCAGGAGGGGCAGGGGCAGGGCAGCAGCAGCAGCAACAGCCGCAGCAGCAGCAGCAGCAGCAGCAGCCACAUGCGAAGCACAAACUUCCCAGCUUUGGCCGAGUGCUCAACGUCAGGGUACCUUCCAAUCUCCCUGCCUGCCGAGCCUUCAUCCUCUCCUGCCUUAAGGCCGUCCUCACAGCAUGCCACGACCGAACGCUCUCCCACCCGCAACACCCCCUCCCUUCUGCCGGCUCCCCAACCUCCCCAACCAACCCUGCGUCCACGCACCAUCCGCUCACCUCCGUCUCCUCCCCGCCACGCCCCAACCUCCUCCUCCCCAGCCACCGAACCCAGAAGCCCUGGCAGCCUAUGCGUCUAGCAAGUCUCGCCGAGGUGGCUCUAGCAGAGGGUAUCGCGCGGGCGAAGCACAGCAAUCUCUCGGAGCGAUGCGAGGAGAUAGACAGGCUCUACUACAGCCUGGGUCUUGGCCCGGGCGUUCUAGCCAUGAACCUCGCUGCAGAGAUGAGGGAGAUGAAGCAUUUACACCCGGACGAUCUCGUCUCUCUCGCUCUGCAUAUGGAGUCGCUGGGAUUGGAGGAAGCGGCGUUCCAUGUGGUGCUGUGUGCGGUGGCGUCUGGCCGGCUGGCGGCCGAUGGGUUUGACCAUGUGAUCCGCAUGGUGUUUCAGGGCAGCGGCGCGGAGUCGGUUAACGCGAGAUUCGCCCGGCUUGCUAGUACGGUGAAGACUGCGCAUAUUGCCACUGUGGAAGGGGGAGGCGGAGGAGGGAGUGGGGGAGGGGGAGGGGGAGGAGGAGGAGCGGGAGGUGGUGGUGGUGGUGGGCCUGGCAAUGGUCCUGGUGCUGUUGGUGGCGCCGGGAUCGAGCGCAGCAGCAGCGGCAUGAGCACGAGCAGCAGCAUGGGGAUGGAUCGCAGCAGCAGCGGGGUGAGCAGGCGGGACAGGCCAGCAUCGUAUGUAGCAGAGCUAGCAGACGCCAUGCUGCGAUGCACCGACAUGAAACUCUGCCACCCGUGGGCGUACGAAGUGACGCUCAACUUUCUCCGCAUGCACUCCCGGGGCUUGCUCGGCGGGCCCGGAGCAGCCGGCGGUGCCCUGGGCGUGUCUCGAAUGGGCAACGUCGUGGUUGACUGGAGGGAGAAGGAGCUGAGCGCGCUGGUGAUGCUCAACCGCUGGCUGGGGAGUGGCGCUGCUGCUGCUGCGGCGGCGGCGGCUGCUGCGGGUGCGGGAGGAGGCGAGGUGGGAGGCGGUGAGGAGCGGGCGAUCGAGGUGAUAGAGAGGAUGGUGGAGCCGGCGACGGAGGUGGGGUGGGCUGUGUGGCUGCGCAUUGGGCGGAACAUAGAGACGGAGCUGCACCUGCCGCUGCUGCUCGAGUCCAUGCACGUGAAAUCGCUCAUGCACACAUACGAGGCCAUAGACGAGGAAGGCUCCUGUGCGGACCCACUAGACCUGGAAGUCUUCGACUGGGGUCUACGGGGGCUGCUGCUCGCGCUCCCGGACUCCACGUCCCCCGCCAUGCGCCCAGCGGCGCUGCUGGAGAUAGUGUAUCCGCUGGACGAGGAGAAGCCUGAUCUGUCGCUCGCUAUUGCGUCCCGCCUCGCUGCCACUGUGGCUGACUCGUGCAAGUGGCCCCUCGCGGACGUGCCAGCGCUGGUGGCGCAGAUACUCACCAUGACCGAUGACUGUGAGUGUGUGUGUGGAGUGGGGUUGAAGGGAUGUGCUGCCGCUGCUGGUGGCGCAGAUUAUAACUCUGUCCGAUGA